CUCUUUCUCUUUCUCUGUAACCGUGUGUGACGAGAAGAACGUUUCCAAGAUGAGUGACAGAAAGCUGACCUUCGCUGAGAACUUCGCCCUCAGUGGCGUUGCUGCUGUCGUCUCAAAGACGGCUGCUGCACCAAUUGAGCGUGUGAAGCUGUUGGUGCAGAAUCAGGAUGAGAUGAUCAAGACUGGUCGUUUGGACAAACCAUACAGUGGUGUUCUCGACUGCACCAAGCGUACCUUCCAGAGUGAGGGUGUGCUGCCCUUCUGGAGAGGAAAUUUGGCCAACUGCAUCCGUUAUUUCCCCACCCAGGCUCUCAACUUUGCCUUCAAGGACAAGAUUAAGGUCAUGUUCAAGGCCAGCAAAUCUGACCCAGGUUACAUGAAGUUCUCCAAGAACAUUGCAUCUGGUGGUGUAGCUGGAUCCAUGUCUCUGUGCUUCGUCUACUCACUGGAUUACGCUCGUACUCGUCUUGCCAACGACAGCAAGUCUGCCAAGAAGGGAGGUGAACGCCAGUUCAAUGGUCUUGUUGAUGUGUACAGAAAGACCAUGGCCUCUGAUGGAUUCGUCGGUCUGUACCGUGGAUUUGUCAUCUCCUGCGUGGGUAUCUUUGUGUACCGUGGAUGCUACUUCGGCUUCUACGACACCCUGAAGCCUCUGCUGCUGGGAGACAACGCUAGCGUAGUCCUGUCCUUCGGUCUUGGAUAUGGUGUGACCGUCUCAUCUGGUCUGCUGUCUUAUCCCAUCGACACUGUACGUCGUCGCAUGAUGAUGACAUCUGGCGAGGCAGUCAAGUACAAGGGAUCCAUGGACUGCUUCUUGCAGGUAGUCAAGAAGGAGGGUGGUAUGUCUCUGAUGAAGGGAGCUGGUGCCAACAUCCUCCGCGGUGUUGCUGGUGCUGGUGUGCUGGCUGGCUUUGACAAGCUCAAGGAGUACUAUAUCCUGUACACAUCAUAGACAUGUCUCUGGUGGAAUCGCCGAUUGUUGUGUGUAGACAGCUCGCCUUAGCUUAGACCCAAUGCCGCAAGCGGUUCUGGUCGUUCGGAUUUCAUCCUUUGUGCCCCGCCCUGUACAGUUGUGGCCCAUUACAACUAGUUCUGUGUGGUGGCUGUCGGUAGGUCACCAUCUGCUACCGUCCUUUCUCGUAUCCAUUUAUUUUUAUUGAAGUUUUUGUGUACCAUUUUCACGCGCAUUUCUACUCUCUCAGUUUACCACUGAGUGUGAACAACUAGGACAAUAUUAUAUUGAACACAUAAAACUAAAGUCCAAUGCGACUUUUUAGUGGUUGGUGUGGAGAAUGGAAAAGAGCCAAAAAUCAA